AUGGCAGAUUCGGGAAAGAAUAAUUCGAGGGCGAUCAUAAAGAUUGACCCGAAGAUUCUUGCCCUAUAUCAGAAAGGACCGUAUGAUGCAUCGCGUCAGAAACGAUUCAAAUUUAAUGUGGAUGUCAUUCCACUGGAGCUGAUGUAUCGGGAAUUGGGAAUUGAAGUACCGGAUGUACCGUACUGCGGAUUACCGUGGGUUCAGUAUCAGGAGGAUCCAACGCUGCCGCAAUACCAGCGGAAACGGCCUAAUUACAUAAAAAAUUGGUUGUCAACGGACAGGUGCAUUCCUGAGCCGUACAUAAAGGAAUAUGUGACAGAUGAGCAGUUCAAAGCUGCCGCGGAGCGUGCAUUGGAAAAAGUUCCAGAAUUUAGAAAAGAAGUUGAAGCCAGGAAACUAUUGGCACCACAGGAAGAGAAAACCCUGCAGGAUUCAGAACCGUCAACCAAAUCGGUACAAGAGAAGACUAUGGAUACGGUGUCAAAACUGAAGGAGAGAUCGGCGCCAGAAGAGGUGCUAGCUCAGCCUCAGGAAGACAAACAACCAGCAACGGAAGUAAGCCUCAUUGAUUUUGAUGAUGCCACGGAAGAAAAUGAUCAUUCGUCUAACUACGAAACACCGGCUAAUAAACAUGAUGAAACUUUGCACUUACCCAAGAUGAAAAUUGUGCGUACUGGUCAAGCGACAUUUCAUGCGUCCCAGGCCGGACUGGAAAACUUUCUUUCUGAUAAGGAUUUCGAAUUCACGGAUGAGGAAUUUUUGGAACAAGCAGCCAAUGUGGAUGAUAAAUUGACCGUGGUCAAAACGAAGCAGGAGUUACAGGAAGUCGUGCGAGAUUCAAUUCCAUUCCUUAUACGGGGAAUACGCAGGAUUGUGGCACAGUCCAAAUUAAAACUGGACUCUAUCGGUGAAUCGCAAAAGCUGGAUCAGCUCCUACAGGAAGAAAGAAAGGAAAAAUUGAAAUUCCAGUCGGAAUUUAAUGAAAUGCGGAAGAAAUGUGAAGCAGCUUGUAAAGAGCGGGAUACCGCAUUGUAUAAGAAUCGCGCAUUAUCAGAUAGUUUACAAAAUUAUCGUGAAAAUUCAGAUACGGAUAAAAAGGAGUAUAACAAAUUACUAGAAGAGUUUCAACAGUUAAAGGAUGGUAACCGCGAAGUGGAAAAUGCAGCGGAAGAACUUCGGCGGGAAAAUGAAAAUUUGCGGGCAUCCAGAAAUCCGAAGGUGAACCAGCAGGCGGAAGCCGAGCUGCAAAAACAAAAUCAGAAAUUAACCGAACAGAAUCAAAGGUUGCGUGCUGAAUUACAGCAACAGAGGGAUGCUUAUGCCGAGUUACAAAAGAAAAAUGGACAGGAUGUGAAUCAAAUCGAGUCACUGAGAAGACAGUUGACAGAAGAACAAAAGCGUAUCAAUCCAAAUGCAGAUUAUGUGGCAGAACUGCAACAGGAGUUAGCCACAGUCAAAUCGCAGAAUGAAAUGUACUUGUCCUCUUCACGAGCGGCAACGUCGGCAGUGACCAAGAGCAGGGAGGAAACCCUGUUGGCCACAAUUGAACAAUAUAAAGUUGAAAUCGCGGCAGAAAAAGCAGAGAAGGAGAAGCUGCAAAAGGAAUGCAGAGAAUUACGAAUUGAGGAAGAGGAACAAGUGGAAGUCCUGUUGGAAGGCCUGAAAAAGCAUAGACCAGGCUGGUAUGCAACCUUAUACCGCAAUAGGCCGGAAACUUACGAAGAGUUCGAAACGCAAAGCCGAGAAGUGCCGGCAGCAUUAAUGAUGCAGAAAACCGUACCAAUCGUGGCGGAUUUCAGUCCCGCGGAAGCUAUUUCCAGCCGCGUGGAGGCCGCGGGAAUUACCUUGGAAGUACGAGAACGCGAGUACCCGGAAUUAUAUAUGAAUAUGAUGGAGAUGGCCAAGGAGCUGAAGGUGAUCGAUGAAAAAGACGAAGUGGGAAGCAUUUGA